AUGUUUACCAACAACACAGAAAAGAACACGACCGGAGCUCAGGACUGGACUCAGGUGUAUGAAGCCGUCCGGUGGAUCCAGCUGACCAUGGCUCUGCUCAGCAUUCUGGGCUCAGGCUCCAUCAUCGCCUGUGUGAUGUCACAGAGACUCAGCCGCACGCCAGAGCUGCAGCCGCUGUUCCUGCUCAGUGUGUCCGACCUGCUGCUCGCUCUCUGCUGGCUCAUCGGAGCUGCUCUGUUCUCUCAGCGCUGCAGCAGCCUGAACUCACACUGCUAUCACCUGCACACUGUGGAGCAGGUUCUGUACAUGGCCUCCUUCUUCUACACACUCAACUACGUGUGGAACCUUUACAAAGGAAUCAGGGAGAAGUUCUACAGCUGCAUGAAUGGAAAUCCUGUUUGGUUUUCCAACAGAGUGAGCACUGCCGGCAAAAUCACUGCGUUGCUUUCAGGUGCGAUUCCUGUUUUGCUGAUGACACCGGUGUUUAUACAAGGAAACAUCAGCGAAUGCCAAGCCAACUUCAGUGAGCCCUACAGGUGUCUGCUGAUGCACACCGGAGCGCUGUACCUGACCUCAGAGCACCAGCAGCCAAUCGGAACCUGCAGACUGCUGUACACCUACAGCAUCUCCAUCUUCCUCACCACUUUCUUCCUCACACUCAUCGGCAUCCUGGUGCUAAUGGGAAAAGCCCGUCAUAUCUACCGGCGUGUCGUGACAUCAAAUGGUUACCUCGGCAACGAGCAGCGGGCCUCCUUCCGUGUGUUGGACCACCGGAUGCUCCUGUACCCGAUGAUCUUCGUCCUCUGCUGGGGUCCAGCGGUCGGUCUGGCGUUUCUGCGUGUGGUGAAACCCUCCGCAGGUCAGGGCAGGGAGGGGGUCGUCCUCUAUAUAUCACAGGCUUUCACCUCAGCUUCUCAGGGUUUCCUCAACUGUCUGGUUUAUGGAUGGACGCGUGGACUUCUCCGCAGAGCCGGCAGGACGGCUUUAUCUCGAGACGUGGACACUCAGACGCCUCUGCUGCGAUCACAGAAGACAAGAAACUACAAGACUCUGUGCACCACCGGCUGA